AGUCAAGCAAUAAAAAUUCGUUACAAGAUGGCAACUUAAGAAACGAUGUUUGUGGUGCUGGAAAAAUAAACAAUUAAAUUAACACCGAUAAUUAUCAUCAAUAUGGCUAUUAGUACGAACGGCCGAAUAAGUUUAUAUUGUUUUUGUGUUAAUUUAACUGUUCUUUUAUUGCCAUGUCUUGGUUAUAUAAACAGAACUCUAAAAUUAGUUGUGGAAGAUUACUGGAUUAUUAUGUCUGUUGUUUACGGACUGGGAAUUCAAUUACAUAUUUUCAUUGUAUAUAAAAAUAGAGGAUAUGCUUACAAAGUCGCAUGGAGAUCUGGUCUUCUUGGCUUUUUUCUAGGCUUGGGCAUUCUUAUAACACGUCUUGCUUCAUAUUCAUGGUGUAUAUUUGGUUUCUACAUGGCACUGCUCAGUUUUUUCCAUUUCUCAGAAUAUCUCACGACUGCUAUAAUAAAUCCCAAGUCGUUGAGCUUAGAUUCAUUCUUACUGAAUCACAGCAAAGAAUAUGGAAUUGCAGCUUUAUGCAGCUGGUUGGAGUUUUUUGUUGAAUGCUACUUUUUCCCUCACUGGAAAGAGCUUUCAUGGUGUACAUGUUUUGGACUUUUCCUAUGCAUUGUUGGUGAAUUAGUAAGAAAAGGUGCUAUGUUUACUGCUGGAACAAAUUUCAAUCAUAUAAUACAAAGUCAUCGAGAAGAAGGACAUGUUCUUGUGUCCCAUGGACUGUAUGCUUGGUGUCGUCAUCCAUCCUAUGUGGGAUGGUUUUGGUGGUCAAUUGGAACACAGAUUGUGCUGUGUAAUCCAAUAUGUACUGUAGUUUAUGCUGUAGCCUCAUGGAGGUUCUUCAAGCAGAGAGUAGUAGAGGAAGAAAUAACUUUACUGAAUUUCUUUGGAGAAGAUUAUGUGAAUUACCAGCGACGUGUACCAACGGGCUUACCUUGGAUACAAGGAUACAGAUUAGAAUUAUGAAAAAUGAAAUAAUGAUGAAACUUUAAAAAUUGUGUUGAUUGAAAUUUCUAAGAAAUUUCAAGUCAAAGUGAAGAACUGAAAAGCAGAUUAGAUGGAACAAGUUGUUAGAAAUACUGUGAAAUUGUGGUAUUCACAGUAUUUUCUUAGUAUAAACACGUGUCAAAGUACUAUCAAAAAUGUAAUCUCUUAUACAAUUUUUUUCUAUUUUCAACUGUUACUUAUCCAAACAUUUUUUUUUUUUUUUUUAUGUUAUAGCUAGGAGCAAAAAUUUUGUGUACCUUUAUUUUCAGAUUUUGUACUUAAAUUAAAUAAUUGUACUUUAUUUUUUGAUAUUUUACCAAAUUCCAUCCUGAUUGAAAAUUGAAAAAUUCAGUAUAUAUUUAUUAUAUGACAUUAAAUAUUUGGGUGAAAUCUACCUAAAUAAAGAACGUAUCUUGAAUUUGUUGCCAGUACUACAAUCCACACAAAUAAGUGCAGUUGUUCUAUUAACAAUCUUUCAACAAUAGCAUUGUUUGCCUUAACAUCCUUCUUGCAUUUUGUUAUCAGUGACUUGGCAAUUUGAAAGAUCACAUUGAAGUAGAUUUCAAUCAAAUAUUGUACUAUUAUAAUUUAAUCAUGCAUUAAAACGAUACAGUGCUUUUGUUGUGAUUUAAUUAGUAUUAUGAAAAUUCCAGAAAAAAUAUACGAUGUAAAUAUGUGCUCCAGUUCUCAUAAACAGAUUUUGCAUAAAAAUAUAGCUGAAUUAUUUAUAUGUUACACUGUAUUAUUUUUGUAUUUUGGCUGGAUUUUGUGUUAAGAUCUGCUUAUUUAUAAAUUGAAUACCACAUAGAAAAGAAAUGUUAUCGUAAGCAAUAAUGAAUUCAUUAGGAUCAUUUAUAAUUAUUCUUCACUUGUAGUCAUAUUGUGUGAUCUACUAAUAUUGUUUUAGAAGCAGUUUCAUCAUAUUGCUCAGCCUCAUGAAAUAAGUAAUUUAACCUGGAUUUAAGAUUAUGGUAUGGCUGCCAAAAUUGGAAUUUUUUUUUAAUCACAAUUCUUGUUGCAUGUGGUAAUAUGCUUUGUGUGGCCAUCUAAGAUGAAAAGUUUUGGUUAGAGACUGCACCAUUAUCUUAAAUCCUACUGUAAUCUAUAUUGUGAUUAUCAUCUGGCUUUUAAAGAUGCUUUUUAAGAAUAUUUCAUGUUGAUUAUUUAUGCUUGUUGUUAGCAUAUAUCAGUAACUAUUGUUAUUAAUGUCUAUAAUCAUGUAUAUUUUAGACCUAUGGGAGAAAUGUAUGUGAAAAAUCAUUUAAAUUUUAUAACAAUUUUACAGUAUAAAUCUUCUGUUAGUUGCAUAUCUUAAUCAGUAUUUUUAAGUGUGUGGAUCAAACUCUUCAUGCAGUUAAAACUAAAUUUGUUUUGCAUUAAGUAACCGUAAUACCAAAAAAGAAAACAUAAAAGCCAUACUUUUAUGUAAAUUUCUUAUUUGAUAGAAUAUAUAUAUAUAUAUAACUACCCUGAUGCACACAUUCUCUUUCUUGUGUGUAUUUUGCUUUAUAUGAACCUGUCUUCUUCAAAAAUUGUAAAAAAUAUGUGUAUUAUUCAUUUUUUUUUUCUGAAAAUAUGUUAGGAUAACAGUUAUAUAUAUAUACACAUAACAUUAAAUAUAUUU